AUGAAGUUCCUCGGCGUCACCCUCGCCUCCUUGGGCCUUGUGUCUGCUGCCACUGUCGCAAAGACGGUCAGCUACGAUGACUGGAAAGUCUACCGUGUCAGUGUCGGCUCCAACGCUGUCAAACUUGAGAAUGUCAUGAGCAAGCUGCAACUCGAGCUCUGGAAAGGCAAGCCAGCUACCAGCGAUGUCGUGGACCUCAUGGUUCCACCCACUGCUAUCCGGGACUUUGAAGCCUCAACCGCCGAUUUUGAGACCAAGAUCAUGCACAACAAUCUUGGACUCUCUAUCGCAAACGAGACAACCUUUAGCACAUAUGCCGUCACAUCAGCCGGUGCCGCACCUAGUGCUACAUGGUUCAACUCGUACCAUUCUAUUGCCGACCACAUGCAAUGGAUUUCUGAUCUAGCGGCUGCAUACCCCAACAAUGCCGAAGUGAUUUCAGCCGGCAAGUCGGUUGAAGGCCGUGACAUCAAAGGUAUCCACAUCUGGGGUAGCGGCGGUAAAGGCUCAAAGAGAGGAGUAGUCUGGCACGGCACAGUGCACGCAAGAGAAUGGAUUACCACCAUGGUCGUAGAAUAUACAGCCUACCAACUCCUAACCUCGACGGACUCCACAACCGCAAACUUCAAGAACACUUACGACUUCUACAUCUUCCCCAUUGUAAACCCCGACGGCUUCGCCUACACUCAAGCCACAGACCGCAUGUGGCGCAAGAACCGUCAAACUACACCCUCCGCCUCCUGCGUUGGCCGCGAUAUCAACCGCAACUGGCCCUCGCACUGGGACCAACGUGGCGGCGCCUCCACCUCCCCUUGCGCUGAAGAUUACAAAGGCCCUUCUGCUGGCGACGGUGUUGAAACCAAGGCCCUGAAAGCCCACCUUGACAGCAUCGCCGCCGGAAAGGGUGUCAUGCUCUACAUGGACAUCCACUCGUACUCGCAGCUUUGGAUGUACCCCUACGGCUACACGUGCUCUGGCGCCGUGCCCAACGCCGCAAAGCACGCCUCGCUGACCAAGGGCGCUAUUGCUGCUGUGAAAGCUGUACACGGGACGACUUUCACUGGCGGACCUAUCUGCAACACUAUUUACCAGGUUAGUGGUGACAGUGUGGAUUAUGCGUUUGAGGUUGCAAAGGCGAAUUUCAGUAUGACGGUCGAGUUGAGAGACACGGGCACGUAUGGGUUUGUACUGCCCGCGGCACAGAUUGUGCCGAGUGCUGAGGAGAUGUGGGCGGGUCUGAGGUAUUUGGUGGCGAAUAUGUAG